UUUGCAGAGUGCAAAGACAAGCUGGAGUUGUAUAACUAACACCCACAACAGCCAACCUAGUGGGGGGUGGUGCAUAGCACGAGCUAUAAGUGUGGCCAAACAGGGCAGUUCUACAUUAGACAAGCACCUGCAGCUGAGUAAGAUCUAUUGGGAUUGCUUAGGUGAACAUCUGCACUUCUUUCUAUUGAAACAUACAUGCAACAUGGAAUCAAGAACUACUCUGAUCUUCAUUUUCACCUUGUACACAACUCUUCUUGAAGGCUGGGGGUUGCCUCUAGUGCCCCAGACUGACCCGAGUGACCCGUCUGCAACCCAUAAGGUCAGGAGCAAACGCUGCUCCUGCAACAACCAGCUGGAUUCGGAAUGCCACUAUUUCUGCCAUCUGGACAUCAUCUGGGUGAACACGCCAAGUAAGACCACGGUGUAUGGAUUGGGCAGUCCGUUGGCUCGCCGGCGCAGGGCUACAGGCCGCUGCUUCUGUUCCAGUCCUGCAGAUCGGACAUGCAAUGCAUUCUGUCAAUACAGCUCUGAAAAUCCUGCCAUCAUGCUGGUUCACCCAUCUGAACCUGUGCCUGAAAAACAGGAACAACCCAAAUCAGAUCAACUGACUGCCCUAAAUAACUCAGAAAAUGCCAGUCCAGGAGUUCUGGUUUUAGGGAAGUCUUUCUCCCCUGGGGCUCGGUCAGACGUCAUAACCUUCCUCAGGAACCUGGUAAGGGCUAGAGCCAGAGCCCUGGGAAAGGCAUCCAAGGCCAGUAAACCUGGCUACAGAUGAAGUCCUUACCUGGUGGAGAGAUGGGAGUGCGAGCACUUGAACAAAAAAUGACCCUUGUGAAACCAGGGUCAGCAAAACAUGCAUACGCUGCGAUCUAGAAGCAGCGUUCCUCAAGGACAGUCCUGUGCGGUGGAAACGGAGCCUUUGUCGCACGUUUAAGACAGAAUGGGAGAGAUGAAGGCUUGUGAGAUGUGAAGGAGAUAUUUGUGAGUUGAAGGCAAGUCAGACCUGUCCACUGGGAUAGCACAAAAGAGGGUUAGGUGUUAGCGACAGUCCUGUAGUGCAAACAGCACGUUAGCCAAGUGGCAAUGAGCUACCUGACAGCUAGUCAAAAAACACCAAGUUUGAAUGGUUUGAGAUAAAAAGAGACAGGUGAAGUGCUAAUGAAAGUUGGUUGGAAGAGCACAGAUAGUUAGAAACUGCAGUACUUCUACAAUUUAUUGGCACCAUUGGAGCCGUUUUAACAAAACAGAAAAAGUGUAAAAAUAAAUCAAUUUUAAAAAUGACUAUUUAUGUUUUAGGAGAGACAGAAGAUAACCUAUAUUUGAGUAGUUAAUUAUUUACAAACAAUAAUUCAAAAUUGAGUGUCAUGCCAAAAAGGAUAGCAUCUUGGACUGCGGCAAUUGGAGCCCCAAACUGCAACAAUUUGGAUUCCUUGUAACCUAAAUGCUCUUAAAGCUGGCAUAAUAAUAGGAUGUUUCUGAAAAUAUAGCAUAAGGAUGACCACUUUGCCCUUGUUUUUCAUAUCAAUCCAGCUUUACCUAGCAUUAUAUGUAUUCAUAAGUGAUGCAGAGUGCAGACAGUUGUGGUGUUACAAUCUGUUGUUAUGACCUUAUGACGGACAAUAGAUUUAAUCUUGCCAAAAAAAAGCUGGAGUACUUUCCAAUUUAUUGAAUAGCAUUGGAACAUUUUAGAGCACUAACAGUGUAGAGCACACAAUAAGUAUGCACUUUAAGAUUAUUUUUGGCUGUUGUACUAUCAUAUGUAUGUAAAUAUAAACAUAUAUUUUUUUGUUAAUUAUUAUGUUUAACCAUUAAGAAUUCUGUAGAGAAAGAUUCCUGUAUUGU